GAGUCGUUCCAGUGCUGCAGGAUGUGGAGUUGAAGGUGCUGAUACAGCAGCGUGGGAGUGAUGGGGCUCAGGGGACGAUACAGGAAUGGCUUACCCGAGUCCAGUCCCUGCUGUACUGCAAUGAGAACGGGUUCUGGGGGACCUUUCUGGAAAGCCAGCGGAGCUGCGUUUGCCACGGUGGCACCAGUCUGUGCCAGCGCCCCAUCCCCUGCAUCAUUGGGGGCAACAACAGCUGUGCCAUGUGCAGCCUUGCCAACAUCUCCCUCUGCGGCUCGUGCAACAAGGGCUAUAAGCUUUACCGAGGCCGCUGCGAGCCCCAGAACGUGGACUCGGAGCGGAGCGAGCAGUUCAUCAGCUUUGAGACGGACUUGGACUUCCAGGACCUGGAGCUGAAGUACCUGCUGCAGAAGAUGGACUCUCGCCUGUACGUGCACACCACUUUCAUCAGCAACGAGAUCCGCCUGGACACCUUCUUCGACCCGCGGUGGCGCAAGCGCAUGUCCCUCACCUUGAAGAGCAACAAGAACCGGAUGGACUUCAUCCACAUGGUGAUCGGGAUCUCCAUGCGCAUCUGCCAGAUGCGCAACAGCAGCCUAGACCCCAUGUUCUUUGUCUACGUCAACCCGUUCAGCGGGAGCCACUCGGAGGGCUGGAACAUGCCUUUCGGGGAGUACGGCUACCCGCGCUGGGAGAAAAUCCGCCUCCAAAACAGCCAGUGCUACAACUGGACCCUGCUGCUGGGCAACCGGUGGAAAACCUUUUUUGAGACCGUCCACAUCUACCUACGCAGCCGGACUCGGCUGCCCUCCCUCCUGCGCAACGAGACUGGCCAAGGGCCCGUGGACCUUUCCGACCCCACCAAGCGCCAGUUCUACAUCAAGAUCUCAGACGUGCAGGUCUACGGCUACAGCCUGCGCUUCAACGCUGACCUCCUGCGCAGCGCGGUGCAGCAGGUCAACCAGUCCUACACGCAGGGCGGGCAGUUCUACUCCUCCUCCUCCGUCAUGCUCUUGCUGCUGGAUAUUCGGGACCGAAUCAACCGCCUGGCGCCUCCGGUGGCCCCGGGGAAGCCGCAGCUGGAUCUGUUCUCUUGUAUGCUCAAGCACCGCCUGAAGCUCACCAACAGCGAGAUCAUCCGAGUGAACCACGCACUGGACCUGUACAACACCGAGAUCCUCAAACAGUCCGACCAGAUGACAGCCAAACUCUGCUAACCCUGGACUUAGCAAUGGACACCUUGGUGAUCGAUCCUUUUGCUGUAUAAAAAAAAAUAAAAAAUAAAAUAAACACACACAAAAAAAAAAUACCCAAGAAAACCAAAAAAAAAAAAAAAAAGAAAAAAAAAAAGAAAAAAAGAAAAAAUAAAAAGAGAGAAAAAAAAAGUAAAAAGGAAGAAGGAAAAGCGGGGGGAAAGGAAAGAAAAGAAAAAGGGGGAAAAAUAAGAUUUGUAAAAUGUAAUUAAUAUACAAAAGAGGAAAAAAAAAAGAGGAAAUUCUUCAUUUGUUGAAAACUAAACCCGUUCUAGCAGCUGUAUAAAACUGUCAGGCAUGUUUGUUAUUUCUAUAAUCCGUCAUAAAAGGGUAACACCGUACUCUCUCUUGACCUUGGGGGUGUUGCUUGCGAGUCCUCAGGGGCAGCAGAGGAAAUAAAGGGAGGAGCAGAGAGAGGGGCAAACUUCUGUACUGAACUGUCGAGUUUUCUGCUAUGCAGGUGCCAAGACAAAGAGACAUACAAAAAAAAAAUCAAAAAGUCAAAGCAAACAAACAAACAAGAGUUAUAUGUAAAUGUAAAAGAGCUACCAUUAUUCCUAUAGUGGGAGUAAAUGGUUAAAGAUAAAAGAUAUUUCUUCUGUUGAGAUUUAUGCCAGCUUUAUGUUGAGUUAUUCCCGCAGCCUGUGCUGAGCUUUGCUGGAGGACAGGAGGGGAUGGCAGCCCUUGGGGAGUAAAAACGAUCCUUGGUGAGACCACACAGAAAAGGUGGAGGGUGGGUGCAGGGCUCAGGUGUCCUCCCUUUGGGAUUUCCAUCUUGGAAGAUGUUUCACCAGAGGCAGAGGCUCAGCAGAUGCUGGAGAAUGGGAAGUGUUGGGUUGUUUAUCUUGAGCUGCAGCGUGUGCCCUGCACUGGGCUGGUGCUGCCUUCAGUGGUGCCAGAGGAGGAGCAGCACCUGUAAAUCUUCACUCACUCAUCUUUCAGGCCCUUCUACGUAGUCCCUAAAGCAGAGAAAGCCAAAAUCAUAAAGGCAAAGCUGAGUUUGUCUUUCUGCCUCAGGUGCUGGGUUUUCCAGUAGCGCUGGGUAACCCUCAUCACCACAAAAACUAAAGCACAAUGCAAGGGAAUACAUUUCCAAGGAAAC